UUUUCUUUUACACGCGGCGUUAGUCAAAGGCAGGUUAAGUCGCAGCAAAUUUUUUAAAAAAAUUCAAUUAAAUUUGUUGCAUUGGUCGUGCACAAUGUUUGUACUGUACGAAACGCCGGCGGGUUACGCAAUAUUCAAAUUGCUGGAUGAAAAAAAAUUGGAACAAGUGGAUAACUUAUAUUUGGAAUUUGAGACACCAGAAAAGGCGAACAAAUUGCUGAAACUUAAGCACUUUGAGAAGUUCAAUGAUACAACAGAAGCGCUAGCUGCGGCUACAGCCGCUGUGGAGGGCAAAGUAGCCAAGCCAUUGAAAAAGACACUGAAGAAGUUGCUCGUGGAUGAGGUACAAUCGUCGCUGCUGGUGGCGGAUGCCAAGUUGGGCACAGCCAUCAAGGAGAAACUAUCUGUGCAAUGUGUGUAUAACACGGGUGUGCAAGAGCUGAUGCGUUGCAUACGCCAGCAGGCGGACAGUUUGUUGGGCGGUCUGCCCAAGCGUGAGAUGACCGCCAUGGCUUUGGGUCUGGCUCACUCGCUAUCACGUUAUAAACUUAAAUUUUCGCCAGAUAAGAUUGAUACCAUGAUUGUGCAGGCACAGUGUCUGCUCGAUGAUCUGGACAAGGAGUUGAACAACUAUAUGAUGCGCGCACGUGAAUGGUACGGAUGGCACUUCCCAGAGCUCGGCAAGCUGAUUACAGAUAAUGUAGCUUUUGUCAAGACUAUCAAGCUGGUAGGAACUAGAGACAACAUGUCGGCAGCGGAUUUAUCUGACAUACUGCCAGAGGAUGUGGAGCAGCAAGUCAAGGAGGCAGCAGAGAUUUCUAUGGGCACAGAGAUUAGCGAUGAGGAUGUUUUAAAUAUACAAUGUCUCUGUGAUGAGAUAAUCUCCAUCAAUGACUAUCGUACGCAUCUUUAUGAUUACCUGAAGGCACGUAUGAUGGCGAUGGCACCUAAUCUAAGUGUGCUUGUGGGUGAUACUGUGGGUGCACGCCUCAUCGCACACGCAGGAUCGCUAAUAAAUCUCGCCAAGCAUCCCUCGUCUACAGUGCAAAUUUUGGGUGCUGAGAAAGCUUUGUUCCGUGCACUAAAAACGAAAAAGGAUACACCUAAAUAUGGUUUAAUCUAUCAUGCACAACUUGUUGGUCAAGCCAGUCAAAAGAAUAAGGGAAAAAUGUCCCGGUCGUUGGCAGCCAAGGCAUCGCUAGCCACUCGUGUGGAUGCAUUUGGUGAGGAGGCCACAUUUGAACUGGGCGCCACACACAAAGUGAAACUGGAGUCGCGUUUACGGCUGCUUGAGGAAGGCAAUCUGCGCAAACUCUCCGGCACGGGCAAGGCCAAGGCCAAGUUUGAAAAAUAUCAAUCCAAGAGCGAGGUCUUUACCUAUGGAGCUGAGGCAGACAACACUUUGCAUGCCAAGAAGCGCAAACAUUCGGAAAUUGAAACGCCUGUCAAAGAAGAAGCACAUGAUGAAGAGACAGUAGCAGCACCAGCUGAUGAGGAGUCCGAACUAAAAUCUGAAAAGAAAAAGAAGAAGAAGAAGAAGCAACAGGAUGAAGAAGCGCCUGCAGAGGCUGAACAGGCCGACCAAGCGGAGCCUACACCUUCAAAGAAAAAGAAGAAAUCGAAGCAUCAAGAGCAAUAAGCUUGAGUUUUACUUGCUUGAGUUUCAUUGUUAGUUAAGCUUAUAGUAUUUAGUUUUUUAUAGUUUUUAAAUUCGCCAAGAGUACAGUUUUCAUG